UAGUGAAAAGUUUUGAAUGUGUUUCACUCCCAGUAAACACACCUGUUUUUUCUUCAUCUUGGUAACAAAGGUAAUAGAAAAUGUGUGUGUCGAUUAAAAGCGAUUUUGCAGUCUCUGCUUUUCCGGGAUUUGUAGAACUCCAAAGCGGAAGUAACCAUAACGACAAAAAAAAAAAGAAUAAUUAAAUGAAGGUGAUGAUUUAUAAAUAAAACUGAAUUAAAAGGAAAACCAAAAUCAGUGAUUCCCAAACAGUGUGCCGGGGUACAUUAGUGUGCCGUGGGCGCUUUUCCGGUAUGCCGUGGGAAGUUAUCCAAUUUUAUGUAAUUGGUAAAAAAAAUAUAUAUAUUUCAAGAAAUAAUGUAUCUUUAUUCAUUUAUUUAUAUCAGUGAGGCACAAUGAAAAAAAAAUCCUCUUCUAUUAGAUGGCAGGAAGUACAUCCAUUUUUGGUCACGCUUACUUUUGUUGUUGGGAUUUUUCUAUUGUAAAAUACGUGCCUUGGAUCUAUAAAGGUUGGCAAUCACUGACCUAAACGAAUAAAAAGAAUCCACGGAAUACGACAAGUGUUCAAAUCAACUUCGUAAACGAAAUGUAUGCACGAAUGUAAAAUUUAUGGUGAAAUGCGGGCGGAAGCGGACGUCAUCGUACUUUUUUUUUUUUUCGAAAAAAAGUUUGUCGGCUGUUUGAAGUCACCGGAAAGAUAAAGAAACUCGGCGAAGGUUCUCGAAAGUUGACCCAGUUGGACGAAUUUACUGGUUGCUAAAUAAGCAAGAUGGCGAGUUAAUCCCGGUAAAUGUUUAAUCCUAAUCCGUUUAUAUUUGUACUGCGCGGAUGAAUGGAGGCACGGAGGUGUGGAAGGAGGGCGAAGAGGAGGAGGAGGAGUGCAAGCGCUGCUAAUGAGGCCGCAAUUAGUUCUUUGGCGUCGGGCCAGUAAAAAAAAAAAAAAAAGCUUCGAAAGUACACUCGAGGAGGCUCCGGUGAGGCGGCCACAGCGGAGAAUGCCCUCGGCCGCUGAGGGCGACCACGAAGACGCGACGCCAUGGCCGCCUGUCGACGGAAGCGAGUCAAACUUGUGCUCGGCGGGGCCGCCGUCUUGGCCUUUCUCUUCGUCUACUGGGGCGACCUGCCCAAAAAACUCGACGCCGACGUCGAAAAACUCGUCGCCGCGGUGCUGGUGGUCGAGCCGGAGGACCUGAAGAAGCCCGUGUACGAGAAGCCGCCGCCGGACCCGAACGCCCCCGGGGAGCUCGGCCGGGCCGUGGCGUUGACUCUGAGCGACGACGAGAAGCUCAAGCAGGAAGAAAGCAUCGCCAAGCACCAGAUCAACGUCUACGUCAGCGACAUGAUCUCGCUGCACCGACACCUGCCCGAGAAGUGGAACCCGCUCUGCCGCGACGUGGAGUACGACUACCGCGCGCUGCCGACGACCUCGGUGGUGAUCGCCUUCUACGACGAGGCCUGGUCCACGCUGCUCAGGACGGUCCACAGCGUCCUUGAGACGUCGCCCGACAUCCUGCUCGAGGAGGUCAUCCUCGUCGACGACUACAGCGACCGAGAUCACCUCAAGGAGCCGUUGGAGAAGUACGUGUCGGGUCUGCGGAAGGUGCGUCUGAUCCGGGCCACCAAGAGGGAGGGCCUGGUGCGCGCCCGCCUGCUGGGGGCGUCGGUGGCCACGGGCGACGUGCUGACCUUCCUGGACUGCCACUGCGAGUGCCACGUGGGCUGGCUGGAGCCGCUUCUCCAAAGGAUCGAGGAGGAGCCGAAGGCCGUGGUGUGCCCCGUCAUCGACUCCAUCGACUGGAACACCUUCAAGUAUUUGGGCCACCCCGGCGACCCGCAGAUUGGCGGCUUCAACUGGGGGAUGGUGUUCACGUGGCACAACAUCCCAGAUCGCGAGAGGAAUCGCCGCCGCUCGCCCAUCGACGUCAUCAGGUCUCCCACGAUGGCCGGGGGGUUGUUUGCCAUAAGUAAGAGCUACUUCGCCUACUUGGGCACGUACGACACGGGCAUGGAAGUGUGGGGAGGAGAAAACCUGGAGUUUUCCUUUCGCAUCUGGCAGUGCGGCGGCAGCCUGGAGGUCCACCCGUGCUCCCACGUGGGCCACAUCUUCCCCAAGAAGGCGCCGUACGACCGCACCAAGGCGCUGGCCAACAGCGUGCGCGCCGCCGAGGUCUGGCUGGACGAGCAGAAGGAGAUCUACUACAACCGCAACCCCCACGCCCGACAGGUGGACUUCGGCGACGUGUCGGAGCGCCGUCUGCUGCGCCAGAAACUGGGCUGCAAAAGCUUCAGGUGGUUCCUGGACAACAUUUACCCCGAGCUCUACGUCCCGGAGGAUCGGCCCGGGUUUUUCGGGAUGCUGAAAAACACAGGAAAGGCCAACUUUUGUUUGGACUACAACCCGGGAGAGGACAACAGCUUUGGCAAAAGAGUCAUUAUGUAUCACUGCCACGGAAUGGGCCAGAACCAGUUCUUUGAGUACUCGUCGGACGGCGAGCUUCAUUUCAGCAUGAAGUCCUCCGCCGGCUGCGUGGAGGGCGACAACAUCAGCACUUACCUGACGGUGCAGCUCUGCAGAAAACUCGGGGACCCCGUCAAAGCGCACCAGAAGUUGCUCCUCCAAGAGGACGGCAGCCUGGUCCACGCGGCCAGCCAGAAGUGCGUGGAAGCGGUGGACGAUACGGACGACGGGGUGCCGGCGGCGUGCCUGCGGCCGUGCUCGGGCGACCCGCGCCAGAAGUGGACCUUUCAGUAGCGCCUCUAACGGUACCGUUUCCAAAGCAGGAAACGUCCCACCUCUCAUUAUAUAUUUAUAUAUAUAUAUAUAUAUAUAUAUAUAUAUGCUAUGUGAAGGGAAUUUAUUUGCUUUGAUCUCCCGGAUGGAUUUUCAAACUUUUCUGACGAAGAGGAGGACUCGUGAUGAAGACGGUCGUCCUCCAUCUGGGGCGAAGGGGUUUUUGUUAGGUGUUCGCCGUUUGUCCUGCAGAGGGCGCCCACGCUCUUUCAGUUUCCCCUUGGAUGGGGCGAGCCUUCAAAAUGGGAAUUUUGACACUGAAAUGGGAUUAUUAUUAUUAUUUUUUUUUCUCUCAUGUGGGCUCGUUUACUUUUUGGGUGUGCCGCUUUGAAUUACGAAAAGCCAUAUUUUUAAUCUUUUCUUUAUUGCUUAUUUUUUGAUUUUGUAUUUCUUUUCUUUACAUUACUUUAAGUUUUUUCAUUUACAUAAUUUUCUAUUUUGCCAUUUUUGUCUGUUUUCCUUUUUAAAAAUUCAUUUAUUUUCCUUUUGUCAAUUUUUUUUUUUUUUAUUUUCCAUUUUCCCUGUUCAGUCUCAUUUUAUUUUUUGUUUAGUACCCCCCCCCACCCCCCACACUUUUCCCAUUAGUUCCAAGACAGCCAUAUUUUUUGUACACAAGUAAAAAAAAAAAUGCAGUCACUAUAGACGUAAGAAAAGACUCGAUCGCUCCAUUUUACACGUCAUUCUCCAAAUCGCGGCGUGCGGUGCGAAAUAUUUUCACCACGGCGACGGGACAGGUUUUGCCCCUACUCGCCACCACCUUUACUGUACUUUCAUUCCCAGCCUGCACGUAGACCCGUACUCACCCCGUAUGUUCGGUGCCUAAGCUUGUCCGAUGAUCAACCUUACGCACCGAAAUUUCCCGCCUAAUCUCGGUCUUCAACGCAAAAGCAGUGCUGAGCACAUCAGCAAGUCGUCGCCAAGGAAACCAAAGCUUCUGUGGGGCGUUGCGACCGCAGCUUACCUGAUUGAUGACUACAUUUUAUUUAAUAUGACCUCUUUUAGCGUGAUGUUUAAUCUAUUUAAUGCACACCCCUCAGUUUUAAACUGUGUAUAUCACUGGUGUCAAACUCGAGGCCCGGGGGCCAAAUCUGGCCCGCCAAAUGAUUUUAUGUGGCCCGCGAAGGCAAAUUGAGUUUCAACUUUUUUUUUUUUUUUUUUUUAAAUUUGUACUAAGGUUUUAAAUGGUCAUAUCACAAAUGAUAACAUUGAGAGAUUGCAAGCAAUAUUCUGUGCCCAAACAACAGCAAUAGUUUAAAAAAAAAAAAAAAAAAUUUUUUUUUAGCCUUGAUCUGUGAUUACAAAAGUCACUCGUAAAUUUCAUCUGUAAAUAUGAUGUGAAAGAUUUUCAUGGUUUCACAUUCAUAGCGGGACUCUGUAAUUAUAUUGUGGCCCACAACAAAAAUGAUUUUGACACACGUGGUGUGUAUGAAAGGCGUCGACCUUUCCAGGCCUCAGGGGAACUUGCGUAUGUUGCACAUAGAUCAUAUUUUUCUGCAUUUGGUUGUGUAUGUAAAGUGCGCGGUGAGACGAAUGAAUCGCGACGGUAGAGUUUUUUUUUUUUGACGCGGGGAAACUAUUCAGUCGAGAGCCGCUCAUAAAACGAGAUUUAAGUCGCGUUCGUAGGAAAGCGAGGGCAUCCCUUUUCUAUCCAUUCUCAAGUCCAAUAUCAUUUUUUUGAAGAUGAUGAUGAUCACUAAUGCGGGAAUGUAUAUAUUGUGGAGAACCGUGGUGGCCUUAUGGGGUUUGUUGUGGAAAAAAUGGCAAAAGAAAUUGAUAUCGAAUGUCUUUUUUUGGACCUCAUAUCAAAUGGUGCAAUAAAUUUGGACCUCAUCUGUA